AUGAAGGGCUCCUCCAUUGCUGUGGCGCUCACCGCCGCAGCCACCGCUGGCAUCGCCAAUGCGCAAACAACCCACACCCCCUCUCUCGACUGGCCCGCCGCGCGCGCCAAAGCCCUCGCCGCCCUCGCCCAGCUCGACCAGGCCGAGAAAGCCAACAUCGUCACGGGCGUGGGGUGGGGCAACGGCCCGUGCGUGGGCAACACGUACGCGGUGCCCAAGAUCGGGUACCCGUCGCUGUGCCUGCAGGACGGGCCCCUCGGGGUGCGGUACGCGGCCAACGUGUCGGCGCUGCCGGCGGGCGCGCAGGCGGCGGCCACGUGGGACCGCGAGUUGAUUUAUGGCAGAGGCAAGGCGCUGGGCGUGGAGGCGAAGGCGCUGGGCGUGCAUGUGCAGUUGGGGCCGGUGGCGGGGCCGUUGGGGAAGUACCCGGAGGGCGGUAGGAACUGGGAAGGCUUCUCGCCCGACCCGUACCUCACGGGCAUCUCCAUGUACGAGACCAUCGUCGGAAUGCAGGACGGCGGGGUGCAGGCGUGCGCGAAGCACUACAUCGGCAACGAGCAGGAGCUGAACCGGACCACCGUCUCCGAGAACAUCGACGACCGCGCCAUGCACGAGCUGUACCUCUGGCCCUUUGCCGACGCGGUCAGAGCCGGGCCGGCAUCCUUUAUGUGUUCUUACAACAAGCUCAACGGCACGUGGGCGUGCGAGAACGACAAGGCACUCAACAACCUCCUCAAGGAAGAGCAAGGGUUCCAGGGCUACGUCAUGACCGACUGGGGCGCGCACCACACGACGGUCGAGAGCGCCAACGCCGGGCUGGACAUGUCGAUGCCGGGCACCGACUACAACAAAACCCCCGAGAGCCUGUACUGGGGCGCCAACCUGACGGCCGCCGUCGACGCCGGCGACAUCGCCCAGGAGCGCCUCGACGACAUGGUGGUGCGCAUCCUCGCCGCCUGGUACGCCCUCGGCCAGGACGACCCGGACUACCCGCCCGUGACCUUCAACUCGUGGGCCGCCGAGGGGCAGCGCGGCGGGUUCCCGGCGCCGCAGACGCAGCACAAUGAGAUUGCCCGCGCCGUCGCGAGGGACGGCAUCGUGUUGCUGAAGAACGAGAACGGCGCGCUGCCGUUGGAUGCCGCCGCGGCCGGCAGCCUGGCCAUCAUCGGCGACGACGCCCGCCUCAACCCCGACGGCGCCAACGCCUGCGUCGACCGCGCCUGCAACAACGGCACCUUGGCCGUGGGAUGGGGCUCCGGCACGAGCGAGUUCCCGUACCUCAUCUCCCCCAUCGACGCCAUCCGCGCGCGCCUCUCAUCCAGCGGCAACGCCACCACCAUCAUCGCCUCCACGACCGACGACCAAGCCUCGGCCGCCUCGGCCGCCGCCGCCGCCUCCACCGCCCUCGUCUUCAUCACCUCGGACGCCGGCGAGGGCUACCUCACCGUCGAAGGCGUCGACGGCGACCGCAACGACCUGGACCCGUGGCACUCCGGCAACGAGCUCGUCGGCGCCGUCGCGGCCGCCGCGCCCGCCGGCGCGCCCAUCAUCGUCGUCGUGCACUCGGUGGGCGCCGUGAUCCUCGAGGAGGUGCUGGCGCACGAGAACGUGGUCGCGGUCGUGUGGGCGGGGCUGGGCGGGCAGGAGCAGGGCAACGCGCUGGCGGACGUGCUGUUUGGGGAUGUGGCGCCGAGCGGGAAGCUGGUGUAUACGAUUGCGAAGGCGAGGGAGGACUAUGGGGUCGCGAUCGCGGGGCCGGAUGUCGACGAUGAGUUUGUCGAGGGGUUGUAUGUCGAUUACAGGCAUUUUGACCGCGCGGGCAUCGAGCCCAGGUUUGAGUUUGGGUUUGGGUUGUCAUACACCAACUUCACCUACUCCGACCUCGUCGUCACCCCGGCGGCGAGCAACGCGACGGAGGACCUGUACGCCCCCAUCGCCACGGUCACGGCGUCGAUCACGAACUCGGGCGGCGUCGCGGGCGCCGAGGUCGUCCAGCUGUACCUCUCGCUGCCCGAAGGGAUCGAGGCGCCGCCGCGCCAGCUGCGCGGGUUCGAGAAGAUCCCGCUGGCGGCCGGCGAGAGCGGCGCGGUCGAGUUCGUGCUGCGGAGGAAGGACGCCAGCUAUUGGAGCGUCGAGCAGCAGCAGUGGGUGCUGCCGGCCGGCGAGUUCGGCGUCGCUGUGGCGGCGAGCUCGAGGGAUUUGAGGCUGGAGGGGACGUUGGUGGUGUAG